UAGCCGCUCUUCUAACUUAUAGAUUUAUUAAAUUGAAGAAAUUUCAAAAUAUUUCACGACACAUACCAUGUGGACAUCGAACUUUCCUGUGAUAAGCAUUCGACUCUAAUUUCGUGAACCAGUGUACGCGUCAUCAAUAAUUUCUUCGUUUAACCGAUAGUUGGCGAUAUUUCGCGAUUCACGAUCGAUCUAUCGGUCGACGAUCACGAGGACACGAACAUCCGAUAUUCGAACAAGAAACUUACAUUUCUGACUUAAUAUUCCACUUGGAUCCGGACUCGAAUCCGCGAUUUCAUCGAAAACGUAUCCAACGUCUGUAAUCGGUCGUAAAGCCGACCAUUUGCAAAAGUGUCUCCGUGUCGUGUCUUCGCUGUCGCGUAAGGUCGUCGUAACUUUAUUCCAUCCUGUAUGCCAGCCAACUUCGACCAUUACGGGCUACAUUAUACCGCCUCACAACGUGAGUCGCUUACGCUAACGCGAUCGUUGCUCGUCGUUCACUACACAGCAUGCUGUGAGUCAAGCAUGGACAAUCUCGUGGAUUAUGAAGAACGACAGCGAGAAAAGAAUAAUAUACCUUUGAUAUUUAAUACGUUUACUUUCCUAAAGAUACAACGAAAUAUUCUUUAAAUUCUUUAAAUUACGUUCCAUGGGAUCCUUUUGUUGUAUCUGUCGCUUGAGAAUGGAAGCUACAAAGUGUGGAAAAGAUGAAAUUGGAAGCUACGAAUUAAAAAUCCAUUAAAUCAAUGUCAAAUAUAUAGAAAUGAAAUAUUGUGAAGAUAUAAUAAUUAUUCACACUGUACAUAGUAACAAACACAGACCAAAAUACGUAAUAGAAAAUGGCUAUUAACAUUGAGAUAUUCGAGUUACAGAGAAAUAAGGUAGAAAACAGUAAAUAACGGACUCACAGUUUGUAGGUAAUUAAAAAAUUCAAAAAUUCUGUAUUCGUGUAUCUACACAUUUUCAGUCUCUUUUAUGUAGCAAAAGAUCGCGAAAGAAGAAAGAAAGAAAGAAGAUAGAAAGCAAAUAAAACCUCUCGUUGCUUUCAAGAUGAGAAAUUUCCAUACACGAUCACAAUGCAUCAGUUUUCACCGUGAAAUAUCCCGAAAGCAUACAUUCACGCGAUCGUAUGUAUACCGGGUGGUCGUAAAACAUUGGCCUGUUCCACGUUGAAAUGCACACAGCGUCCGUGUCUCGAGUGCAGGUUAAUUAUUCAUAACGCGUUAACGCCGCAGUGUUUAUUCAUAAGCCAACCGCCGCCACCACCGUGGUGUUUGCGUGAGUAACGAUGCCCCGAAUCGGCUUCGUUUAAUCUCAUUCUUAUUAAUGAAACCCCAUGGAUCGCUGUUCGAAAAGCCGAACAACCACGACUCCAGGAAAGACGAAAGUUUUUAAAGUGGUAAAAUAUUUUAAGUGGAAGAUAUCUUUUUCAUUAAAAUCUGCGGUAACGAUAAUUAUCAGCGAAAUUAAAACAGUAACAGUGUGAGAGUCGAGUAUCUUACGAUUAGUUCAAACGAUCUUGGUCCACUUCCCAAGCUCUUUCUUCGAGAAUUACGCGACGAUUAAUCAGAGAUAAAAUAAAAUUUUAGUGGUACUAGAAUCUUUCUUUCGAUCUUAACAAAUUUCAGAACAAUUCGAUGACAAUGGAACGACGGAUGUUAUUUUGAUACGUAAAUAAUGUUCUUGCUUGGAAGAUUACAGAAUAUUCGAAGCAGUAGUAUCAAAAUAGUCCCCAUCUUUGUGUCUUCCUUUCCUUAUUUUCAUUUUUCUCUUGGAUAAAAUCAUGCAGCUUUCUCCUCUUUUAUCUGCAUCCCGUUGAAGUAAAUAAAAUUAUAUCAUUGUUUAAAACCACUUCGUUCUUUCUCUCGUCGUUCUUUAUUGCUUUCAAUGCCGUCGUUUCAUUUUCGCUGACUAACUCACUUUUGAUACGUGUACAUCAAACAAUUUUGGUUAAAAUCCGAUACGUUUGUCAACUGGGCCACCGUUUUCAUGGUCGACGAUAAAUAUAAGCAGAGAUACUUUGCAGUCGGGCGGUUUGCAUACUUUUUCGCAGAAACAGCUCCUGAAUUUCUCGUUGACAUCGUGACAGUGAUUUUAAAAGAUUGUAAUCGUUUGGAAAGAUGAAAGGAUAUCUCGCGAUUCUUGUCCACGUUCUUUCCGCAAACAUACUCGUUCAAGCAAGCCAUCUAACACAAUUCACAAAGAUGUUAAACAUUAAUAUAAAGGAUAUACGGCAAUGUUUGCACCAGAGCAAUCUAACUGACAUGGAUUUGAUAAGGUUGGACAUCAUUUUCCAAGAGGAAAAUAUAUCACAGAAAAGCUACGAAGACGCCGUGUCGGACUUCGGUUGUUUCAUUAUAUGCGUUCUCGACAAAGCUCACAUGGUGGAAGACAAGAAUAUUCGGUUUGAAUAUUUAUUAGAAACGGCGAAACGCAACAAUUUCCCCACAGCCACGAAUCAAACAUUGAACGAAUGUUGCGAAAAGGCGCAAGAACAGGACGACAUUUGUAAGAGUGGAUUCGUUUUUGCAACUUGCUCCAUAAAACAAGCGGGACUAUAA